AAGCAACAUCACCAAACAUCCUAAUCUUCUGCAUCCCAUUCUGAUAUUGUAGACAUAAAUGUGAGAUCUGCUUGUAAGGGAAAGACUAUUCCAGAUAUGUCAUGAAUACCGUGAAUACGUUUUUGAGAAGAAUUGGAGCAUCUUAGUUGAGAUGGUUCACUUUAGGUAACUUUUAGGACUUAGGCAAACAGGAUAUAUCAACAUCCCUCCAAAGAGUAUAAAGGAACCUUCAAGCACACAAGUCUAACAUAUUAUACCGGGGAUUUUCAAAAAAGAAGUUAAGAUGACUGAUCCGAACACCUCUUAUCUUAUGGGGACUAUCGAGGACUUCAGUGAAUUCUACAAUGAAGAGUUCAACUAUACAGAAUACCAGAACGACACUGAAUUUGUUGUGGAUGAGAAAACGCUGCUCUGCUCCUCCAUCAAUAUGGUGGAUGGCAUCAACAUAACAUUCUGUGUCUUCUACAUGCUCAUCUUUCUGAUGGCUAUUCCUGGGAAUCUGAUCGUAGGCUGGGUCAUCGGCUCUAAUAGACGUUCGCUUUCUUCUUCAGAUGUUUACCUAUUCAAUCUGAUGCUGGCCGACACGUUACUGGCUCUUAUUCUGCCCUUUUCGGCGUUUUCCGUGAUCCAAGGUUGGGAGUUUGGUGAUUUUUUUUGCAAGUUAGUUAGUCUGGUGAAGGAAGUAAACUUCUACACCAGCAUCUUGUUUUUGGUGUGCAUCAGCGUGGACCGCUACUUGGUCAUCGUACGGGCUACGGAGUCCAGGAAGGCUCAGAGGAGACUGUGCAGUGGGGUCACCUGUGGAUUGGUGUGGGUUUUGGGCUUUGUGCUGUCCUUGCCAUCAUUCUACAAUGAGGCAUUUUAUGACAAAUUUUCUAAUAAGACUAUUUGUGCAGAACGCUUCGAGACGGACCACGCUGACGAGUGGCGACUGGCCACACGUAUCAUCAGGCAUCUGCUGGGUUUCCUUCUCCCUCUGGUGGUCAUGUUGAUCUGCUACAGCGUGACAGUGGUGCGGCUCUUGCGCACACGCGGUUUCCAGAAGCACAGGGCCAUGAAGGUGAUCGUAGCCGUGGUAGUGGUCUUUCUUCUGUGCUGGACCCCCUUCCAUGUUUCCACGAUGGUUGACACCCUCAUGAGGGCCAAAGUGGUUCACUUCAGCUGUUUCACACGGACAUCGGUGGACAUCGCCAUGUUCGCAACUCAAAACUUUGGGCUUCUGCAUUGCUGCGUGAACCCAGUGCUGUACGCCUUUGUGGGUGAGAAGUUCAGAAGAAGGUUUCUGCAGUUGCUCCAUAGAAAUGGACUUCUGGCUCGGAUCUCCGUCUCUAGAUCUAGUAGGUCCUCCUCUCUGACCUCAGAAGUCACUUCCAGCUUCUUGUGAGCUACUGCCAGGCAAUGGACAUCAAUGUAUGUGAAUUGCAAGACACUUAGUGCACCUUUCCAUGUUUGCUUGAAAUACAACAACACUGUGUUAGAGCAGGGGUGUCCUAUUGUGUUCCUGAAGGGCUACUUUCCGUCAAAGUGUAGCUUUAGCUCUAAUUCCAAACAUCUGAACCAGAUAAUCUUCAGG